AUGAUGAUUACAGCGGAUCUAAUAUGGGAUGAGAAUCUUGAUAAUGAUUGUGAAGUGUCAAAAGACAUAUGGGAAGACGAUACAUUCAUAGAUAAGAGUUAUUUGAAAGUUGUAUUGCCUAGCUAUGAUGGGGUUGAUACUCCGAUAGUAUAUCAUUUUAAGUUGAAUGAUGAUUUGAAAAUAAAUUCAAUCAAGAUACCCACAAAUUCCAUCGGUAACCUUGGUAAGUUCGGUCGAUUGAAUACUUGUUCCUUAGAAGCUGUAUCAGGAGAACCACCUGUUCUUAAAGAGAUUAUUAUUAAGAUUGAUGAAAGAUUGUAUGACAAACUAGCACUUCUACCUAAAGCUAAUGAAAAAAAACAAUACUUUCAAAUUAAGUAUAAUCUGGUGAACAAGCAGUCUGUGAUACACGAAGGUAAUAUAUGGGGGCAUGUUUGUGAAGUAGUGGAGACUAAACCAUUUAGUCAAGGUGUUAUCGAUUUUAGUGUUACUGACAUUGUAUUAAUUAGGAGUAAAAUACUGUCAGUAGAAAAUAAACAUGAUAGAAGUUUAGUUAAUUUACAAGCAUUUCACGAUUUAUCAAGGAUACCUUUAAAGUGUCUUCAUUACCCUGUUGAACGCUCUCUUCUUCUUCCUGAACCUCCUUUUGAUGAUGAUGACUCUAUUUAUGUAUUUUUUCCUUUUGACUUGUUAUCAAAAUUGAAAAUAUCAAGCGGCUCGUUUGUACGUCUAUCAAACUCUAAAAAUUCUGUAUUAGUACGAGCCUUCCUUUUACAGUCCCCUAAUCAUUAUGCUGUUGAUGGCAUAUAUACAACACCAUUUGUGUUGGCCCAAUUUGAUGAAUUACCACUUGUUGAAGUUGAACCAGUAUAUAAUAAUGAAUUAGCCUUUCCCACAGCAUCAGAGGUAGUCAUCUCAAAAGUUGGAAAUGUAUUGCACACACAAAAGAGAUAUCAGGAGCUUAUUUUACAAAAGCUUAGAUAUUACUUUUUAACAGCAAGAAGAAUACUCAGUAAUGGUAGUUUAAUACCAAUCACUAUUGAUUCAUCAUUUGAUGAAAUAAUCUUAGAAGAUAUCGAUUUGGAUGUCAACACUAUAAAAUCAGAUGAUGAUUGUAUUGUUUGGUUUGUUGUAAGUAACAGAAAAUUUGAGAACAUUUCAAACUAUGAUCCGAAAGCUGAAUUUUUUGUUGAUCCGAAACAUACAAAAUUAAUUACGUCAGCGAUGGAGAAUAGAAGUUUAAGCUCAAACACUUUUAAUUCUGCUUUGAAAUACUAUGGUCUUCCAGGUGUAUUUCACUACCGUCCUGAUAUAUUUCCUGUUGUGAAUGAUAUUAAAAAUGUAAUCAAUACACAUGCGGAAGCUAAUAAAAAAGUACCUAAUCUGCCAAUGAUAUUAAACCUAUCUUCAAAUGUGCCAAAAGUGGGUAAAGCAAGUAUCCUAAGAAGCAUAGCUAUCGAUCUUUCAUAUCAGUUUGUUGAUAUUGAUACUUUAUCAGUAGUAUUUUCGUCAGGGUCAUCAGAUAUUGCUACAACUUUUUUGGGAUAUCUUAAAGGCAAACUCGAAAAUCUGCUACCCUUCACUGGAAAUACGAUUAUACUAAUCAAACAUAUUGAUCACAUAUUGAAAAAAGUUGAUCAAAAUCAGGAUAUACAACAAUCCAGACAAGUUAAAGCACUAGAAGGUGACCUAAUAUCUUUCAUUAAAUCUUACUCAAGGAUAUAUCCAGGUGUUGUAUUUGCGUUUACAUCAGCUAGUAUUGAUAACCUACCUGAGGGCUUCCGAUCAGAAAUUAAGUUCGAUUAUGUUGUUCAUCCGCCCAAUGAAAAACAGCGGCGAAGUAUAAUUGAUGAGCUUUUGUCAACAUCAGAUCUCUUUCAAAAGUAUGGUAACAGGAAAUUACGUAUUCAGUGUUCUAAUGAGAUAGAAAUUUCUACAUUAUCUUUGCAUUCGGCGGGGUUGUCGCCCUAUGAUAUACAAUAUAUUAUUAGUUUGGCUGUGGCAGAUUCGUUGAGAAAAUGUAACAACUAUCUGUUGUGGAGACAAAAUAAAAUAAAGGUGGAUAUGAUAUCUAUACAAAAUGCACUAGAAAAGGUGAGAAGUGAUUAUUCCGCUUCAAUUGGUGCACCAAGUAUACCGAAUGUAACCUGGGAUGAUGUUGGUGGGUUGAGUUCUGUCAAGGAUGCUAUAAUGGAAACGAUUGACUUACCAUUGAAACAUCCAGAAUUAUUUGGGUCAGGUCUGAAGAAACGAAGUGGUAUUUUAUUUUAUGGUCCACCAGGAACCGGUAAAACACUUCUUGCAAAAGCAAUUGCAACAAAUUUCUCGCUGAAUUUUUUUAGUGUGAAAGGUCCAGAGCUGUUAAAUAUGUACAUAGGUGAAUCUGAAGCAAAUGUGAGAAGAGUAUUCCAGAAGGCGAGAGAUGCCAAACCGUGUGUAAUAUUCUUUGAUGAAGUUGACUCUGUUGCACCAAAAAGGGGAAACCAAGGAGAUUCCGGGGGUGUUAUGGAUAGAAUAGUCUCUCAACUAUUAGCAGAAUUGGACGGAAUGAGCUCUGACGGUGAUGGUGUUUUUAUUAUAGGUGCAACGAAUAGGCCUGAUUUAUUGGAUGAAGCACUUUUAAGGCCGGGUCGUUUUGAUAAACUAAUCUAUUUAGGUAUUGCAGAUACCAGAGAAAAGCAGGCUAAUAUAAUGAGGGCUUUGACAAGAAAAUUCAAAGUGAGCUCUGACAUUAACUUUGAUGAACUUGUGUCUGAUUUUCCAUUUAGUUAUACAGGUGCCGACUUUUAUGCUCUUUGCUCAGAUGCAAUGUUGAAGGCCAUGACUAGAAUAUCGAAGGAAAUUGAUGAGAAAGUUGACAAAUAUAAUCAAGACAAUGGUACUAGUAUAUCAAUACGAUACUGGUUUGACCAUGUAUGCUCUGAUGAAGAUACUGAUGUUAUAGUUAAGAAGGAAGAUUUUUUAAAUGCUAAUAAAGAGCUGAUACCAAGUGUUUCCCAGCAAGAGUUGGAACAUUAUAAACAAAUCAGGGCUAAUUUUGAGGAUAGUAAGUAG